CUACUCGACAGAAAUGAGUCUAAGGUGCUAAAAAGAUGUUUAGACGGACUCCAUCGCUUAUUUAUGGAGAGAGGAGUGAUGCCAGACGAGCGGAAAAACAACAUCACCAAAGAUUCAUGAUUCAACUGUUUCCAACUUCUGUUGAAAGCCACCUGGAAUGACUCGCAUUUUACAAGUUGUGUGAAUAAGUUCUACAAAGCAAACCUCGCCGAAGAAGUUGGUUCGGGAUGCCAGAAAACAUCGCUCUUCUGACAAACAGCACAGGUUCUAGCGCGCGUCCAGCCUGGGCGAUAGCGGUGCUGGCCAGCGUGCUGAUCUUCACCACAGUGGUGGAUGUUUUGGGGAACCUGUUAGUCAUAAUUUCAGUGUUCAGGAAUCGGAAACUGAGAAAUGCUGGCAAUGUGUUUGUGGUAAGUUUGGCUUUCGCUGACCUGGUGGUGGCUUUCUAUCCCUACCCUCUGGUCUUAUAUGCGAUCUUCCAUGAUGGCUGGUCUCUGGGGGACACCCAGUGCAAAAUCAGUGGUUUCCUAAUGGGCCUGAGUGUGAUCGGCUCUGUUUUCAACAUCACAGGCAUCGCCAUCAACCGCUACUGCUAUAUAUGUCACAGUUUUGCCUACGGUCGUCUCUACAGCUUCCAUAACACACUACUAUUGGUGGCCCUCAUCUGGGCCCUGACUGUUCUGGCCAUACUUCCUAACUUCUUUGUGGGUUCAUUGAGUUAUGAUCCACGGGUUUACUCCUGUACCUUUACGCAGACUGCCAGCAGCUCCUACACUGUGGUUGUGGUGGUGGUCCACUUCCUGGUGCCCAUCGCCGUGGUGACAUUCUGUUACCUGAGGAUUUGGGUGCUGGUGAUACAAGUGAGGAAGAAGGUGAAGAGUGAAGAAAGAUCCAGAGUGAGGCCCAGCGACUUGCGCAACUUUGUCACAAUGUUCGUGGUGUUUGUUUUAUUUGCAAUAUGCUGGGCUCCACUAAAUCUCAUUGGUCUUGUGGUGGCCAUUGACCCAGAGGCCAUGGCUCCACGUGUUCCAGAGUGGCUAUUUGUGGUUAGCUACUUUAUGGCCUAUUUCAACAGCUGCCUAAAUGCCAUAAUUUAUGGACUCCUCAAUAGGAACUUUCGUAAGGAGUACAUGCGGAUCGUAACAUCGGUGUGGAUUCCUCGAAGGUUUGUUACUGAGACAUCUAGGGGAGCCACGGAUGGUAUUAGGAGCAAACAAUCCCCUGCCAUUAACAACAAUGAAUGA